UAUAAAUAAAGAUUGAAUCAAAUGUGUAAUUAUAUUUUCCAAAGUACCAUCACUCCAAGAAACAGAGAGUUUCAUGAGUUAAGUUUGUGACAAAGUCUUCUUCUUCUUCUUCUUCUUCUUCUUCUUGAGAGAGUUCCAAGUAUGGAGUUUAAAGAUAAGCAAAGCAAGCCGAGUUACCAGGUUCCUGCUACCACUGCCCAAGUGGUUUCCAAUAUAAGCACUACAACACAAUUUCCACAACCCCUGAAUGCACCAACCAGCAAUGUUAUAAGUUCAUCUUCACCUGUUGUGAUUGAUCUUGAUCCUGAUGGAGAGGAAGACAACCGCGGCAUCAGUUUUGAAAAUCAAGAUCCCCCACCUGGGUUCUGCCCCAGUGAUCUUGAGCUUCUCACUUUGUACUUGAAGAGGAAGGUCCUCAAUCGACAACUUCCUUCAAACAAGAUUGUCGAAGUUGAACUUUAUGACCACAGCCCCGAAUGGCUUACAGGACAACACCCACAAUCAAGUGAAAAUGAAUGGUACUUUUUUACUUCAGUGAAGGGAAAGAAUCUAAAGAAGAGUAAGGGAAUCUGUCAAAACCAAUCUACCAAUGAUGGAUUUUGGGAGGCCUUCGGUGGUGAGCUGCAAAUACAAGAGAAUGGAAUUGUAGUUGGGUUUAAGAAGGAACUACAUUUUUACAAAGGAGAACCUCCAAAAGGUGUCCCUACCAACUGGGUUAUGGAUGAAUAUAGACUUGAAGGUCUUCCUCAAGCUAAAAGGAGUGAAAAUGGGAUGACGUGGGAUGAGUAUGUUUUAUGUAGGAUUUAUAAGAAAAGUGAUGAAAAUUUGAGGAGAAUAUGUAAUAAUCCUGUGGUUCGACCAAAGUUUCCACCUUACGAUGUGCAAGGAAUGCAUCGCCCUACUAAAGAAUAUGCUAAUAAGUUGCAAGCAAAGCGUGCCAAUGACAGAACUCAGAUGGUUGAACCAGCUCCUGCUAUGCCUUUUCCAAAUAAAUCAAGUAGAGAUGCUAAUGCCACCCAAGCAGUUGGCUAUUAUGGAGGUCCUCAGAUGGUUGAACCAACUCCUAGGAUUUAUAAGAAAAGUGAUGAAAAUUUGAGUAGAAUACGUAUUAAUCCUGUGAUUCCUGAGCUUCCUGAGCUUCACUUUGAUCCAAUAUAUGUGCAAAGACAUCUUCAAAUUUAUGAAAAAUAUUUGCAAGCAGAUCGUGCCAAAAACAGAACUCAGAUGGUUGAACCAAUUCCUGCUACGCCUUCUUUUCCUAAAUCAAGUAGAUAUGCUAAUGCCAUUCAAAAAGUUGGCUCUUAUCGAAGUCCUCCACAGAUGUUUGAACCAAUUCCUAGUAUGCUUUCUGCCAUUAAAGAAGUUGGCUAUUAUGGAGGUCCUCCUCAGAUGGUUGAACCAAUUCCUAGUAUGCUUUCUGCCAUUAAAGAAGUCGGCUAUUAUGGAGGUCCUCCUCAGAUGGUUGAACCAACUCCUAGUAUGCUUUCUCUUCCAAAUGAACUUGGACAUGCUAAUGACUCUCAAGCAGUUGGAAAUUAUGGAAAUCCUCCUCAGAUGGUUGAACCAAUUCCUGGCAUGCCUUAUUUUCCAAGUGAAUCAAGUGGACAUGCUGAUUACUCUCAAGUAGUUGGCAAUUAUGGAAAUCCUCCUCAGAUGGUUGAACCAACUCAAAGUAUGACUUAUUUUCCAAAUGAAUCAAGUAGAUAUGCUAAUAACUGUCAAGCAGGUGGCAAUCAUGGAACUCCUCCUCAGAUUGAACCAAUUCCUGCUAUGCCUUAUUUUACAAACGAAUCUAGUGGAUAUGUGCAUUCAAAUUUUCCCCCGAAUGAAUUGAGUGGACAACAAGAAGAUUGCGACAAUACAAAUCCUGAAUUGCAAUUUGAUCUCUAUGGCAUCGAUGACCUUGCACCGUGGAUGGAUGUGGAUGAUAUUCUCUCAAAUAAGCGUCGGAAGCUUUCAGAUGACGAUAAUCCAUGUAAAUGAUUACUAGCAACUUAAAUAUUUAGCAUGAUACAUGCUAGCUAACUAAAGUUUUAUAGUUCUGAUGAUUACCCAUUGACAUAGUCAUCACCUUGUGAAGCAUAGCCUAUAUUGUUUCAACAUUUCUACUUACAUUGGCUGAAGAUACCAUUUGGAAGUUUGCAAAAGAGAAGGAGAAUGGCCCUCACAGUAGAGUGUAGAAUGCAAUGGCUUGCUGUAAUUGACGACCAGAAGACUCUCUCAUCUAAUGCUCUAGUUUACUGUAGGUGCUCUAUAGACUAUAGUGAAGUAAUGGUCUCUGUCAUUGGCAUUUUUUUCUUUUCUUUUUUGUUUCUAUUAGUAGGUUUGGCUGUACAGUACAGGAAUUGUUUUGCUGUGUCAGGGCUAUAGCGCUGUUGUUUGGUUUGGGAUUCUAUAGCUAUUGUUCCUGUGUUUGGUCUGUA